AUGUUAUUAAAUUUUGCUCAAAUAUCUCAAGAUGAUUUAAUUUCACCUAUGAUAUGGAAAGCUGCAUAUGGAUUUGCAACAACAUGUAUUCUUGGAGUUGCUGCUUAUGCUGGAUAUCGUGUAGGUACACCAGAAAAGUACCAAGCUAGACAGCAUCUAAAUCCAGAAUUGAAUGAUCAAAUCAAGAAAGUUGUCGAUUCAUUAAAAAUAACUGAUGAUCAACUAAUAAAUAUAAUGCAGAUAUUAGAAGAAGAAAUGAAUACUGGUCUUUCAUCAUCAACACAUAACCAAGCAACAGUAAAAAUGUUUCCAUCAUAUGUACAAAAUGUUCCAAAUGGAACAGAGAUUGGUCAAGUACUUGCACUUGAUUUAGGUGGAACAAAUUUUCGUAUACUUUUAAUUGAUUUACAUGGAAAUUCAACAGUAGAAUCAACGUCUAGAAUUUUUGUUAUUCCACAAUCAAUUAUGAUUGGUGAUGGAAAACAUUUAUUUCAUCAUAUAGCUGAAUGUUUACAUGAAUUUAUGGAAAAAGAACAUUUAUUAAAUACUGGAAUAUGUUAUCCAUUAGGUUUUACAUUUUCAUUUCCUUGUCAACAAGAAAGUCUUGCAUCAGGACGAUUAACAACAUGGACAAAAGGUUUUAAUUGUUCAGGUGUUGUUAAUGAAGAUGUUGUGAAACUUCUACAAGAUGCUAUUAACGAAAAACAUAUAAAUGCAAAAUGUGUAGCUCUAGUAAAUGAUACAGUUGGAACAUUAAUGGCUUGUGCUUAUAAAGAUCCAUCAACAGCCAUUGGUCUCAUAUUAGGAACUGGAACAAAUGCAUGUUAUAUUGAAAGUUUAGAUAAAGUUGGUACAUGGAAUGGUAAUUAUGAUGAACCAAAACAAGUUAUUAUUAAUACAGAAUGGGGUGCUUUUGGUGAUAAUGGUUGUUUAAAUUUUAUUCGAACGAAAUAUGGUGAAGAAAUUGAUGUUUCAUCGAUUAAUCCCGGCAAACAAAUUUUUGAAAAAAUGAUUUCAGGAAUGUAUAUCGGUGAAAUCGUUCGUUUAAUAAUACU